AUGGGUCGUUACUGUGGUCAAGCACAAAAAACCUUUCGAGGCUUCUACAGGCAGAUUCUCAAAAAAUUGGGGAAAAAUGAUGAAGAAAGUGCUGAUUCAGAAGAACAAAGUGCUCUCAACCGAUCUCCUGAUGGUAUACUGCUUCAGGAAUCUCUUGACGAUGAAUCCUCUGCUAUUCGACUUUCCCGACGAUCCUCUGUCCUCGUACUGUUUAAUUACUGUAUAAUAAUUUAUUUAUAUUCAUAA